AUGUCGCAGCCCCUCGUAUUUCUCGUCGCGUUUUCUGCUGUUGUUGGCACCUCCGAAGCCAUUAGGCAGAUCCAGACGGAUUCUAAGAGGAAGGAACAUCGAAGCCGAAAGAAUAACUUGAUAGUACGAUGCCCCAAGUCGUCUCAAUUUAGCCACUUGCUCGAGGGGAGGCGUGUAGUCCUGUCUGGUGACAAGCUCUACAUUGACACAGGAAGUGACCAUGACCAAGUAUUCGGUCAUCCCUUUGCCGGAUACUUCCUUCCGUACCCUGAUUCCAAGUACUCUGGUCUCGUGUCGACUAUCUGUGAUGAACCACCCGUCAUGAAUUGGAUAUAUAUCGAUCGGAAUACCUACGAGCUCAAGUUCGGUACUCGACCAUCAGCGCAACCUAAUUGGCCCGGUCCUUUUGAUUGUUCUCGACAGGACCGCAGAUUGACUUUCGCUGGCUGGGAGGGGUUCCUUGCCGUUAAGGAAGGCGAUUUCUGGGCGUUGUACUUUGACGUAGAUGAGGAUAGUCUGAAGUCGAAGGUAAAGAGCGACACUCCAGUACUUGAUAUAGAACUGUUACGUGUAGAGAUGCGCGUGACACCUACAAGAGAGAAAAAGCCAUCGAAUAGGGAGUCGGAGGAUGAUGCCGAAUCUAAGAAAGAUGAAUCAGGACCAAAUAAAGCACAACGUGAGAAAGAUAAUGAAGAGAAGAUAGGGGUAUCUGGAGAUGUCGAAUUAGAGUCACCGGAAGUAGAUUGA